UGGAGAACUAAGUCGUUCACUCUUAUCCCCUUCCCUCUCGAGCAACAGUAGCACAGGUGGGAAGCAAAGCAUCACGAAUCAGCAACAAUGGCCGCUCUCGUCGCUGCCCCCGUUAGUACUCUACCCACCGGUUCCUCCACUCCCAGCAUUCUCACCUACCCGAAAUUCUUGUCUCUCGUCAUUCUCCCUUCUUCCUCUUCUCCCCCUUCUUACCCUCAUCUCUUUCUUAAUCGCUGGAAUUACUUCCUGGCUGUAAGCUCCCGAAGGCCAGCGUUGCAAUCAAUCCGUAUUGAGGCUGUCUCCGCUGUCGCUGAUGCCGAUAUCGAUAUCGAUACUGAGGAAGAAUCUACCGCUUCGUCGCCCUCCUCGAAGCCCAAGGUUGGCAAGGCGGCGCUGCCGCUUAAGAGGGACAGAAGGCGUUCGAAGAGAUUCUUGGAGAUUCAGAAGCUGAGGGAAAGUAAGAAGGAGUAUGAUGUGUCGUCGGCCGUGUCGUUGCUGAAGCAGAUGGCAAAAACUAGGUUCGUGGAGUCCGUGGAGGCGCACUUCCGGCUAAAUAUUGACCCCAAGUAUAACGAUCAGCAGCUCAGGGCCACUGUUAACCUGCCGAAGGGGACUGGACAAACUGUUAGAGUGGCUGUUCUUACUCAAGGGGAAAAGGUAGAUGAAGCAAAAAAUGGUGGAGCUGACAUAGUCGGGGGAGAAGACCUUAUCGAACAAAUUAAAGGAGGAUUCAUGGAUUUUGAUAAAUUGAUUGCCUCUCCAGAUAUGAUGCCCAAGGUAGCCAGUUUGGGAAAGCUUUUAGGACCACGUGGGUUAAUGCCAAAUCCGAAAGCUGGUACCGUUACUGCAGAUAUACCUCAGGCUAUUCAAGAGUUCAAGAAAGGCAAAGUUGAAUACCGUGUAGAUAAAACUGGAAUUGUUCACUUGCCCUUUGGAAAGGCAGACUUUCCUGAACAGGACCUUAUUGUCAACUUCAUGGCUGCAGUUAGAUCCGUGGAAGCAAACAAGCCUCCUGGAGCAAAGGGAGUUUACUGGAAGAGUGCACACAUUUGUUCUUCCAUGGGACCUUCUAUUAAGCUGAACAUUAGAGAGAUGCUGGACUACAAGGUCCCUACACCAGCAGCGUAAAUAUGCAAUGGCUGUUCUGAUUAAGAUUCAUUUGUCCCACACAGUUAUUUUACAGAAAAUGUAGAGAGGUAUUUUUUAAUGGUUUUAACUGUUGAGUUAUAUUAUUUUUACUGCUGUACUGUCGUCUACUUCAAUGAUUUUAGGUAUGUUGGUCUGUAAGAUCUUACCAAACCACGAGAAGGCAAGAUUUGGAGUGGCAUAGUUUUAGUUUAUGUGGGAUUGGUUGGAGGACCUUGAAGAACCUAAACUUUUCAUUGUACAAAGUGGUAGUGGUAAAUCACUGAGAAUAGAGAACACUUGUGCAAUGAUACUCGUGUGUUUAAUAGACGCUCGGCCUUUAUCCCAUUAAGUGGGGUCGGCUACA